GGGGGGGGAGACCGAGCACCGCGGGGGCGCCCACCCAGCCCCGCUCCGUGCGCACCCGCAGGCCGGGGGGCGCCACGCACCGAACCGCACCGCAGCGGCCGUCCCCGCGGGCGGGGACCGAGCCUCGGGGCUACCCGCCAGGCCCAGCCGCCGAACCCCACGCGCCGAGCCUUGAAUCCAUGGCCCGGGGGGAGCGCGCCCCAGCCGCUGCCAUCAGGAAGAGAGGAGCCCCCAGCACCGGUCCCUCGCCAUGGGGGCCAGGUAGCCCGAGAGCCAGAACCCCGAGGCGGGCCGGCCCCGCCACCCUGCGGCCCCGCAGCCCGCAGUCCACAAGCGGGAGGAGAGGCGCCCCGCCCGCUCCGCAGCCCCGCAGCACCUCCCCCGGCGGCGCGCACCCGCCAGCGCGCACCCUCGCACACAGCACCCCCGCCGGCCGCGCCCGCCCUGCUCCCGCGCCCAAACGCGGCGGCCCGGGGCCAUGGGCAACAACUUGUCCAGCAUCGCCUUUCUGCCCCGAGGAAACCCCAGCCGGGCGCCGCGGAGCCACCCUCCGACCCUCAAAGACUCCAUCGGGGGCUCCUUCCCUGUCACUUCUCACCGAUGUCACCACAAGCAGAAGCACUGUCCGCCUGUUCUGCCUGGUGGGGGGCUCCCAGCCACACCGCUACUCUUCCACCCACAUACCAAGGGCUCCCAGAUCCUCAUGGACCUCAGCCACAAGGCCGUCAAGAGGCAGGCCAGCUUCUGCAAUGCCAUCACCUUCAGUAACCGCCCGGUCCUCAUCUACGAGCAAGUCAGGCUAAAGAUCACCAAGAAGCAGUGCUGCUGGAGCGGGGCACUGCGGCUGGGCUUCACGAGCAAGGACCCGUCCUGCAUCCAUCCUGACUCGUUGCCCAAGUACGCCUGUCCUGACCUGGUGUCCCAGAGCGGCUUCUGGGCCAAGGCGCUGCCUGAGGAGUUCGCCAAUGAGGGCAACAUCAUCGCCUUCUGGGUGGACAAGAAGGGCCGAGUGUUCUACCGCAUCAACGACUCGGCCGCCAUGCUCUUCUUCAAUGGGGUCCGCACGGCUGACCCACUCUGGGCCCUGGUGGAUGUCUAUGGCCUCACUCGGGGUGUCCAGCUGCUCGACAGCGAGCUGGUGCUCCCCGACUGCCUGCGGCCGCGCUCCUUCACCGCCCUGCGGCGCCCGUCCCUGCGGCGCGAGGCGGACGAGGCGCGCCUCUCCGUGAGCCUGUGCGACCUCAACGUGCCCGCGGGCGCCGACGCGGACGACGCCGGCCCGGCCGCCGGCUGCCCCAUCCCGCAGAACUCGCUCAACUCCCAGCACAGCCGCGCGCUCCCGGCGCAGCUCGACGGCGACCUGCGCUUCCACGCGCUCCGCGCCGGCGCGCACGUCCGCAUCCUGGACGAGCAGACCGUGGCGCGCCUGGAGCACGGCCGCGACGAGCGCGCGCUCGUCUUCACCAGCCGGCCCGUGCGCGUGGCCGAGACCAUCUUCGUCAAGGUCACGCGCUCCGGCGGCGCGCGGCCCGGCGCGCUCUCCUUCGGGGCGACCACGUGCGACCCCGGCACGCUGCGGCCGGCCGAGCUGCCCUUCGGCCCCGAGGCCCUGGGGGACCGCAAGGAAUUCUGGGCCGUGGGCCGCGUGCCCGGGCCCCUGCACAGCGGCGACAUCCUGGGCCUGGUGGUCAACGCCGACGGGGAGCUGCACCUCAGCCACAACGGCGCGGCCGCGGGCAUGCAGCUGUGCGUGGACGCCUCGCAGCCGCUCUGGAUGCUCUUCGGCCUGCACGGAGCCGUCACGCAGAUCCGCAUCCUCGGUGAAAUCAGUCAUUUCUCCCAUAUUAACGAAUGCCAUCACUACAGACUUUGGAGAAUCUUCAAAAUGCAGCCAGUGAAAACCUGCUCCACACCUUACACCAGCUCUUGCACAAAGAGAAGUUUUCUUACCAUUCAGAUUAACAGUGGAGGCCAGAACAAUGCUCAAGUUGCCCUCUCCCCUUACUUCAUUCUAGAUAUUUAUACAGGUAGUAGAGGGUCUGGAAACUGAAAACUGGAGGUGGAUUUGGGGCUAUGCAAACAGGGCUUUGUCACCACCAAGUGACACCAAGCCUGGUCUUCCGACAUGGUUUAAGCUCUUUCGUUUGCCCUGAAGGCAAAUGACAAGCAGCAACCCUGGGCAAGUAUGAGUUUUCUGGCCAUCAAGUCACGUGACCUUCUGGAUCAUGAUGGGUUUUCCUUCUGCAGAAGUUUCUGCAGUCAAAUGCUCUUCCCCUGAGCUCUGCCCCCUUCUGCAGAAGUUUCUGUAAAAAAAAAAAAAAAAAAAAAAAAAAAAGCCACUUUCUUGUGUUUUACUCGGCUUCUCAGUGCCAGAUCACCUUGCCCUCCUAGGGCCCGCUGAAGGAGGAGCCCUGUCCCUCGGGGCUGUGGUUUCACUUAGAGCAGAGAUCUCAUAGGGACCUGCCUAUGUGGAGGGCGAUGCUAGGGCCUGUGGGAGAGUCUGAGGUGAAUGAGACUUCCUGCUGUUGGGAAGUUCCUGGUUUAGUGGGGCAAAGACGAGUCCAACCCUGAGCUCUGCGCUUGCUUAGUCCCAUGUAGCCAGUAGAGAAUAGUGCCCUAGGGGAGAGCUGCCCAGUGGAGUGGUGUGGAGAAGAUCCCUUCGAAAGGCCUCUUGCCUGCCACUUAGCAGUUGCAGGGAUGGGAAAGGACCCUGUUGGUCUUGCUGUAGGUUUCAUGCCCACGCUGUGCCUGGUGCCUGGUGCUCUCAGUGAGGACUUAGGAAAGGGGGAGGGAAGGGGAGAUGGGAGUGAGGGCAGGAAGGAGGGAAAGAACAAGUGUGGGAGAUGGUGAAGGGCAUUUCAGAGGUGCCAGAGGAGACAGCGGGAGGUGCCCACAGACUGUGGAGAUCAUGGGACUCGGAAUAAGAGGGGCAGGCUGGGACCCGAAGGGCCAUUCCUGGCGGGACUCAGGUGACUGUCCCCAGCAUGUCAUGGAGGGGGAGGCACCUUCUAGGCCGCGGACUUGCUUGGAGGCUGCUGAUGUGGAAACAGCUGAGGGCCGGGUGGCCCUCCAGUUUCAGGGCUGGGACAGAGAGCAGAGGCAAGGCACGGAGCCAGUCUAUGGACUCGUACCCUGAGCUUGGUGGCGGGCUGUGUGGUCUGCUGUGCUGCCUGCUUUUUCUACCCGGGGCCUGGGGAGGUGAGGCUUGAACCUCAGCUCUGCAGAGCUGUGC